UUUUGCGUUUUUGUUUCUUUUAUUCUCGUCCGUCAUGCCUCGGGCACUCACGAUACCAAUGCCGCAGUCUCUUUUGUUUGUUUUAUACCACUUCAGCGAUUUUCUUUUUGGGUGGCAACCAUCUUUUUUUUUGGUGGCAGACUACAAUCAUCUGCUCAACAUCUCUUACAUUUUGCAUAACCAGUUGGACUUGGAAAAGCCUGUAAUAACUUGGGUUUUUGGCGUUGAAAAGAGAGAAGAUUCUGCUAUCGUAGCAACCGGCCUAUCAGUGUGAUGGUAGGAGGAAAGCAUCACAGUAGGAGAUGCAGGAA